AUGUUCCGUGAUGUGUUGGGAACAGCGGGAAGGCAGUGGCGGGCGGAGCGUCGACUCGCCACGUUGGUCGCAGCCACACGCAGAAACCCCACGCAGAAGUGGACACACCGCAUCUCAAAAACAGUACUCGCACGACAAAACAUGCUAAGAACGAAAGAGGAGGAAGGAAGACAAAAAAGAAAAAGUCUCACAAGCCAUCAUAACACCAGCAAAAAUAAUACUACUAACAGAAAUAGUAUUCAUAUGAAUACUACUACUAAUACUAAUAUUAAUAGUCGUAAUGGUGGAAAUGGUAGUAGUAGUAGUAGUAGUAGUAGUAGUAGUAGUAGACAUCUCACACCGGAUGAUGUGGAGUUUCUACGCCGUCAACAGGAGGAGGCGGUUGCUGAAGAUGACGCUCGCGCAGGUGCAACUGGGCGGAAAUCAACUGGAAGGCAAACUGGUGGCCCAACAUCAUCUACCUCACAUUUAGGUUACGAUCGUGUAGAUCAAGUAAGUGGAAAAAGUAUUAUUCAACAACGUUUUGAUGCGUUAGCAUAUGAAGCCGUGUUGAAGUAUGGACCACCUCUUCCUGCUGAAUUUGUUGCGGAGAAUGAUAUUGUAUCACCGUUAAUGUCUAAUGCUUCAUCAAGUAAGACUUCAAAUACGAAGGAUGAAGCUUUCUCUUUUUAUGAUGAGGUCUCUGUAAAACCUCAUGAACUUUUUCAGAUGAUUCGACAAUUAGAUCCUUCUUUCAGUAUUCACACACAUGCCGAUGGGGUUCCCUUCUCAUUGUUACUUAAAAAUUGUCUCUAUUUUAGAGUCUGGGGUGGUCGUGUGCACUUUAUGCGUUGUCUACACCGGGUCUCACCUAAUGGUGAUGGUGUGGCGGCUGAUCUUGACAAUAGUGAGACUCCGGGGGAAAUAACGGUAGGACUCGCAAAGUAUAAAAUGCGUGAGGCCCCUUCCUUUGAUGGUCUCCGUCAAGGACCACAACCAUGGCUUUAUAAUUACAGAAUGAUGUGA